AUGGGGCUCGCGAGUGUCCACAGGGAGGCACUCGUACACCAGGAAAAGAGUGCAUGAAUGAUUCCACCAAUGAUGUAUAUAAAUAUGUGUAUAUCACAGGAGGGAGGACGGCUCAUAAUAAUGUCGUGAAAGGCGCUAAUGGAAUGGCAUCAAGCACAUGGAAACCACAUAUUUGAUACCAUUCUACUCCAGCCAUUACCACAAGCCUGUCUACAAUUAAGGUGCCACCAACCUCCUGUGGUGUAUACAGUACAUACAUCAUUGGAAUCCACACACACCUAAAGAGGGCUAAGGUGAAUCCACACACCCUAGACAAAAAGUACGUUUGGGGAGCAAUUCUGCGUGCAUGCUUUUUCUCUUUAUUCUUGACUUCCCUGUGAGGCACAACCUUAUUAAGGCACUCCGGGAGACCAAUGUGUACAGUUCUCCCAGAGUAAAGAGGCUACGCCUUAUAAAGUUGUAAUUAAUGAAACAAGACCACUCUAUUCUAUUAGCUUUGGAGCCUUCCCAAAACCAAGACCGGCUAAUCUGAGCAAAACAAACAUCAGGAUGGGAUUUUAUGUUUAUUGAAAAAUAGGAUGAAAGAAAAUGUAAAUCCCUGACGUGUAUGUCUGUGGCGCACAUCUGUGUAUGUGUGUGUGUGUGUUUUGGGAUCUCUGGCUGGGGUGUGAUGAAGAUUUCAGUUCAGCAUUUCUGAAGGCAGUCUCCACAGCAGAGCAUCUUCCUCAGACAUCUGAUAAACCUGUGAGGGAGACAGUAACCACUGACAUGAAUGGAACAAUAUGGACACUACUGCAACACUUCAAAACUGGCUGGUACCUCGGCUAUUGAAAAGAAGCAGUGACCUGUCAUCCCUGACUGAUGGGAGCGACACCGUGUGUGGGAAAAUACCUCAGCCAAAGAGAUCGAGCAUUCACAUGCUAAUUCUUCCCUAUAAAUAAGAGGGGUGCGCCGCGCGGAGGGCCUUACAGACAGAUCCUUGACUCAGCCGGGAGAGGAGAGCUAUACUCUAUAUACAACUAUACCGAGCGUAAAGGAGAGAUGACAACCAGCGCCAUGGCGCACAACGUGGGGAGACACUCGAGUGCCAAGGAGGAGAGAAAGUUGCGCAAGCCGCUCAUUGAGAGGAAAAGACGGGAGAGGAUUAAUAACUGCUUGGAUCAACUGAAAGAAACCGUGGUCGGGGCGUUCAGUCUUGACCAAUCGAAACUUGAAAAGGCGGACAUUCUAGAGAUGACAGUGAAACACCUGCAGAAUGUUCAGACACAUAGAUUCAGUGCAGACCCCACCUUAGGCCUGGAAGCACAGCAGAAGUACAGCACAGGCUACAUCCAGUGCAUGCACGAGGUCCACAACAUGCUGCUCAGCUGCGAGUGGAUGGACAAAACAUUGGGCUCCCGCCUGCUCAACCACCUGCUAAAAUCCCUGCCCCGCUCCAGUGAAGAGCACCCCUCUCAGGCCAACCCCAACCUCAGGCCUGAUGCCCACCCACCCAGCCAGGGGCCUGGAGCCCCCACUACACCCCUCAGAGGGGACCCCAGGUCUGGGAGGCAGGGCCAGAUGGAGGGGCCACUGUGCCAUGUGGUGGGGCUCCAGGACAAGCCCCUGCUCCUGCCCGGGAGCCCCCACCUGGGCAUGCUGGAGAUGUGGAGGCCCUGGUAAACUAAACCAGCCCUCUGGGUGUGUGCUGGAUCCCUAUGUUAGACCCUCCUCUGUUAUGUAUCUUAUAGAUAUGCUACUCAGAAGACAUUGUUUUGGAUUGUGGGGCGGUUGCGUUUCUGAUCUAGGUGUGGUAUAUAAACAGACCUUUCAGUACUUCCUCUCCGAAGUCUACUUUCCGUAGCCUGCAUUGUAGAAGGCUCUUAUUAAUCUUUUUCUUGUAUUUAUUGUAUUAACAUCUUUAUUUAUUAAAUAAUAAGAUAAAACAUUUAGCUUCUUAGCUCUAGUCACAAAUAGCUUUUGUACUGCUCCCUUCUUUGUAUAUUAUUAACCAAUAUUAAUAAAAAUGUGUAUGGAAUUUCUGUA